ACAAUUUGUUUGAAUAUCCGCUGUUUCGUCUGCAACUUUGUUAUUAUUCUGAAGUCUGAAGCACGAAAAUUAAAAAGGCAAGUGGCGAAGCAGGUCCAGUCAGCCUAUAAUUAUAGGCAUACUUAAUAUUAAAUAAAAAAAAUAAUUCAGUUUUAAUUAUCGUCCUAAGGCUUAAGCCGUUCCAACAUGAAAGCAACAAAUAAGCUAGUCAAGGAAUCAACAAACUAAACUAAAACAAGUAACAUAACAAGUGAAACACUCACCAACUCAAUACCACUUGCGUCCAUUAUCAGUGUAUCAUCACACAACAACUUCCAUUGUUUGAGAAAGCUUUACAUUAAUGAUAAAUAAUUCUAAUUUAUUAAUCACCUUCUUUCAUCCUUCAAGUUACAAAUUCUAGGACCACCUUACAAAAAUAGGAAAUUGUACCCUGCCUUGGCCUUGAUGGGUAAAUUUAUGAUUAUGACCAGUUUUCGGCCCAUGGAAAUUUUUUAGGGUGCUUUUACUCUUAUCUAUUAAUUAAUUUUGAAUACAUUUCUUUUAGUAAGAUAGCUGUAUUUUAUAUCAAAUUAAAGGAAAUUAGACAGAGAAUAAUAAUAAGUAACAGAUAAAACAAUAUGGCAACAAUAUUUAAAAUUUUUCUAGUUAUAUUAUGAGAUAAAAUAUUUUGUAUUUUUACAAAUGUACACCAAAUCUGAAUUUACCAGACUACCAUAAUAUGGUCUGUGUAGCUGGUAUCCUAUUCUGCUUCAAUCCUCAGAAAGUAUAUCCAUUUUUUAUCAUAAUGCAGUUACACUUUGAAAAUAUUUCAUUUAGCGACAGAGUUAUACCCAUUUUUGUAACGUUAGUAGUAUUAUUAUCUGAAUGCUCACUGUUGCCAUAGUAACAAAGUGGUUUUUAAACAAAUUCAUAACUUUUGAACCCUUUUGAGCUAGAAAGUUGAUCUUGGUGGGUUUUUUUUAAUCCAUUCUCUAACUCUAGGCUCUAUACAUCCGUGGUAUCUUUAUAUUUAAAAAAAAUGUUUUGAAAUUUUUAUGCAAUUGCAGACAAUCACCAUCAUUACUAUUACUAUCGCCAUUCAAUUACUAUUUCCAUUAAUCAUUUGGCAUUUACAGUCCCAUCAGAAUGCUGAAAAUCAUCACUGGAAUCAGAUUCAAAUGAUUCAUGGUUAUUGUCCGAUGUUUCAGCAUCAAUAAUUAGCAAUAAAAGUCCUUUUGUUUGCAAAAUUGACUACUUACGUGGUUUAGCAUCAGCUGACAUGCUUGGAGUAGGCGUGGCCAUUGCUUUGUUUACAAAAGUUUCAACACAAAUUGAACUAUUAUUUGAAAAAACACAUGUAAACAAGCCCUACUUCUAACAGGAAGGUGGUUGAAGAGUUAUCCUUUGUUUAAGAACAUAAAAAAAAGUCAGGUUGAUAGCCGCAGGAAACGAAAUAAACUACAUAAAUUAUUUCAACAGUAUACCGUGGGUUAUAAUCAGUCAAAUCCACAGUAUACUGUGGCUUGGCACAGAAAGAGUUAAUGUACUCAUAAGCAAUGUGUUAGGCAGACAUCUUUUUGGCUACAAAAAAAAGAUAUUCAUGCAUUAGCAUCAACAUAGUUGUCACUGUCAAGAGACAUAAAGAAUUCAUCACAGUUUUUAAAAAACAAAAUGAUCAAUUAUUUGUUCUGAUACAUUCCAACCUAGAAUAUAACUACCAUACCUAAUGUAAGAAAGUUUCAAUAAUAAUAGACAUGUUGCUCCAUUGACUUUGUGUAGUGUCAUCACAUCCAUUGUGUGAGCCUAUUUGGAUUUUACAUUAGUCAGUGACAGAUUAACUGACCUAAAGGCAAAGUGGUGAAAACUCGCGGCCCUUUUUUUAAAAAAAGUUAUUUGAUAGUGAAUGUAUGUUGAAUGAUGCUAGUUGUCAUUAAUUCUCACUAUUUUCAUGAGCAUUAAUCUAUUAUGGAAAUACUCCACACUCCCCUUUCAUACCCCAUAACUGAAUUUUGGAAAAUGGGGAAAAAAUGUCUUGAAUACUAAAAAAAAAUAAUACAAUUCAAUUCUUUUAGUGAUCCUAUCCUAUUUCAGUCUUAAUAUGAAUCCAUUUUCAUCUCUACGGGGCAUAGUUUGCCUAAACUUGACAGUUUUAGCAUUUUGUUUCAUAAUAGUAGAUGUUGAAUCUACCCUUUCAAAAAGUCAAAGGGGAAAGAAAAAGAAGGAAACUAAGGUAAUUAAUAUUUGUUUUUGUUGUUAUUUUCUGUAAUUUACUAUCCUUAAUUCAAAGAGAAAUUAUGGGAUAUAUGAAGUUUAAACUAAAAUUUAAUUUUCAGUUUCAAAUUCUCAAUAUAUUAAAACAAAUAAAUUAUUAAUUGCUGAACUGACUUUUAUGUAUGUUUUUGUUUUCUUUUUUUAUAAGGCAUAUACGAUUACAAUGUUUGAGCUGUUUGAGUUUAUUUAUUUAUAAUGUGAUUCUAUUGUUUAGACAAUCUAAAUGAGACAAAUACAAUGUUUGUAAAAAGUUAUUUGAUUUUAUCAACAUCCAGAGCCAGUGGCCAUUUAGGCCUUAGACCAUGGUGAAGAAUACAGAAGUGGGGUGUCUGUAGGGUGUUUAUGUAACCUAGGAAUUAUGAAUGGUAGUUAAAAUAUAAAAAUAUGUUCUCAAAUUUUAUGCAAUGAAAAAGAUAAUUAGGAACUGCCUCAUUGGGAUCUUUGCAGAAGGGGCAAAAUUUGUGUUAUGUCUGGAUUUAUAUGGUUGACAGUUAAGAUUAAAGUAAGAUUUUUCUAAUUUCAAAAGAUCGUUAUUUGCAGGUUGAAAUUGCUGACAAAAAUGUUGUUGACAGAGGGCUUGUAACAAUAAAUCCAACCAUUAGAGAAAUUCUACGUGAACAUUCUCAAUAUUUUGAUAGAGACAGGGAAGUGAAAAACUUUGAAGGAGAAACUCUUGCAUAUGUAACACCUGUAAGUGUCUGUUUAGACUAAGAUAUUAGAGCUAUUUUUGUGUGUGCACUAAAUACAUUAAAGAAAUUUACUUAAACUUAAUUGAUUUAAGCUACCAGCAGUUAAUAUUAAUUAUAUUAAAUUAAGAUCUUGUCUAAAUGUAAUGAAAUCAUUAAUAAUGAUUCUUUUUCUUUAAAUUGGCUAUGGUUGAUUGGAAGCCAUUGUGUUCACGAGUGUAUAGUUAUGAUUUUUCUCUUGCAGUUUUCUUAACCUUUUAUUUUAUGUGAUAAUUGCUAGAAACAAUUAAUGACAAAAUAUUGACACCCAUCCAGUGGAAUAAUCAUGGUUAUGAUAUUGCUAAACUAUUUGGAGCAAAGUUUAACUUUGUUUCACCGGUCUGGCUUCAAGUGAAACGUCAGCCUGGAGGAGCGUUUCAAAUACAGGGUACACAUGAUGUUGACAAAGGUAUGUGAGUUAUAAACAUUGUUAAAUUAAAUAUUUUCAAAGUGGUUUAUUAAGCCGCAUAUCUUUAAUUCUCCCACUAUUUUUAUGUGAUUUUACUGACAUAAUUUCCACAGGAAAGAUAUAAAUAGCACCAACAGAAAAUAACAAUUAACUUCAAAACUAAUUGAUUUUGAUUUCAAUGAAAAAAUUUUAUAGGUCUUAAAAACAGAGUGCUAAAAAAAAAUUCACACUACUCAUUUCUAAUAUUUACACAUCCACUUCAUGUUCACUUAUCAAAGAAAUCAUGCAAACAAGCUCCCAAAACAUCUAAUUUUGUUUCUGUGGAAGGAGAUGAUUUGUUUUCUAAUUAGUUCAAUAAACACCAGAAUCAAGAGCAAAGUAUAAAUAAUUGAAGAAGUAACCAAAUGAAAUUUAUAUAUAUACUAAGGUUUAAACGGGUGCAGUUUUUUUACACCGCUUGUGGGUAUUUUGGGAAGUGUCCAAGUAUUACAAAAAAAGAGUUAACUUCUCAUGUUCAAUAAUCAAUGCUGGCCUUUAAGCACUAGUCCUACAGACACUCCUACACCUCACCUGUGGCUUUUUAUUGAUUAAUAUAAAUAUAAUAGUCGUCUCCUAAUAAAAAAAUGAAAAGAACUAUUUAACUGAGUUCAAGGGGGGACGUUCCUGGGGUGCCGUCACACGGACUUGUGGCGGGGAAACCAAGAGGUGUGCCGGGGGGUGAGGGAGUUAUUAAGAGCUUGCGCUCGACGGCCCACCGACACCAUUUCCCAAUGUGACUUGAGUUCGACCAUCACACAUGAUGCUCUGCAUGACAGCCUUUUUUUUUUCACUCAGUACUAUUGAUAUAAAGCGUGUAGUUGGGAAAAGGAGGGUUUGGAUGAGGAAGCAGGACACACGAGAAGCAAAAUAUUUAUAAGAUAUAUUGAUAUAAAAGUUUAUUUUUAUUUUAACAGCUACAAACAAUUUUAAUACUAAAUUUUGUUAGAACUAUUUUUCAUGGAAUUCUGGUAAUUCUCAUCGCUUCGUUAUUAAAAAAAAUAGAUGGAAGAAUUGUUGAAAAGUACAAAAUGUACCUAUUGUCUCCCCUUGAAAUUAAUUUUUCGGAGUAAUUUCUAUCGCAUUAGGUUGGAUCGCUGAUGUUGUACAAGGUCGUAAGACACAUUUGGGUGAGAAAUCAAUAUUAUUACGCCUACUAUUAACAUGCAGUGUUGAUAAUACAAUAAUGCAUCACUUGUUAUAAAUUAUUUUUAUAACUUGGUUAUUUUAUGAUAAUAAAUGGGAGAGAUUGCACUCAAGCAAAGAAGAAGUUGUUUUGUCGCAUCCUUUUUUAAGGUUCUCUCGACCUUGAUUUCAUUUAUUUCCUUGAUUAUUUUAAAACCAAUCAUGGGAAUAUUUAUAGACAGCCAUUAAAAUGUCUUUCUUUCAGUCCCGAGGGUACUUUUUGAUGGAUGGAGCCCUGAAGAUUACAAUGCUAUAUUCAAGAAUGAAGAUCUCAUGGAAGACUGUAUUGAAGUUAUAUUGAAUACAAUAAAGGUUUGUAGAGCUAACAUUUACUUUGAAAUAAUUUGUUCUUUUAUCAAUUCUUUGUUUUUAAAAAUCUUGUGAAUCAAAAAAAAUUAUGGCUGGGUCAAAAUACUUAUUUUAAAAGUACAGCCAUUUUUUAAUUUCAGUUUCAAUCAGGGUACUUUAAAUGUAGCAAUAUUAUCAUUGACAUUCUAGAAAAAAUAAAAACGCUUUUAAGGCAGUUAAAAAUUAAACUCUUUCAUCAAAAUUCUAAAAAGAAGUAGUCCUAUCUCUGUUGACUUUUUUUAUUAUAAUAUGACAAAAUUUGUCACACCUUAGCCACAGAUUUUUCUUAAUUACUUAACAACUAAUUUUGCAAAAUGGCAUUGAGGAAAAAAAUAUUCAUGUCUUUUAACCAUUUUUUAAAUUUCAUGUGCCUGCUCAGAGUAAUAAUAUGCUAUGAUUUGCUCUGUAAAUUUGAUGCAUAAUGUUUGUAAAUUGAACAGUGAGACAUCAAGAUUCCCCUGUAAUUGUAUGCCUGUUAAUCUUGACAUAUUUUAACUAAGACUGAUGUGAAUUAAAUGUAAACACAUUUUAUCCAUGACCAUGGUAUGUUUACAUUUAUUAUUAUUAUUAUGUAAUCCCUAUAUUAAAACGCACAAGAUCAUACUUUAAUAGAUCACUGCAACACAUUGGCCGGGACUUACAUUGAAGUGAGCGAUAUGAACUUUCACUUUGAUCAGCCACAGAACCCCUCCACUGCCAAGAUGAUGAAUCUUAGGACUUAUUUAGUUUUCAGCAAUCAGUCGACCAACCGACUCAUAAUAGUGGACAUGUUCUUGAUUGGGGACUAAAUAGGCCUCAGGAUGGUGUAGUUAGAUCUACUUUAAUCACUCAAGAGCUGUCCUUUGACCACUUCUGUGUUUUUUGCAAGCUUAGUGUUAAGGCCCACAAUCCUCUCCUUGAGUUCAGGGAGGUCCGCAGACUGCAAACUAUAAACAGGGAUGCCUUUAAGCACGACCUGAGUUUAGACUUGUCCCCCGCCCUCUGCCCUACUUUUGAAACGCUAGACCAUGCAUUGCGGGCUUGCUUGACUGCACGCUCCUGUCACAGUUAGCGCAAAAAAAAACCUAGUCUGUGCUCUUGUUCUAUCUCAUCUUGACUAUUGCAACUCUCCUCUGUCAGGUUCACUAAAACAUUUCAUAGAAAAACUACAAAAGGUUCAAAACUCAGCUGCUAGGCUAGUUUUAAAAGCAAAAAAACGUGAGCAAUACUCCACUAACUUCAGUGGCUCCCUAUACAGACAGGCAUUGAUUACAAGCUGUCUGUUCUCUGUCACAACUUUUUCUUGGAUUCCUGCCCUUCCUAUCUAACCGAACUUCUUUCUGUCUAUUCACCCCUUUGACAGCUUCGCUCCUCCGCCGACUGGCGUAUUCUGUCCUUUCCCAAGACACGCACUAAAACAUAUGGUGAAUGAUCUUUCUCUUUCUGCAACCCCAAACAAUGGAAUUCUCUCCCACUACACAUCCGCAAUAUACCGACCACCCAGGUCUUCAAAACUGCCCUCAAGACACAUCUCUUUAAACUCUACUAUCCCGACUGAUUCCCCCCUCUGACCGAUAAACGAUGCUGCUGGCUGCCGUCCAUGGUUUGACAUGUAAAAGUUCUGGGGUGGGUGGGGUGAAUAUACAUUUGUUUUUGUUUUGUUGCUAUACAGCUGUUUUUUUAAUUAAAUAAAUGUAGGUAAUUUCUUAAAGUCACAAUUAUGUUUGCUAAAAAAUUUUAUGUACAGCCAGGUGAGCCCAGCCCUAGGCUGAGGUACAGCACUAUAUAAGCAUAAGACCACAAAUAAUAAUAAUAAUUUAUAAAAAUGAUGACGCUAUUCACCUUUUAUUAUUUAUUUUGUUAAAUUUCUUUUCCCUUUUUUACAGACGUACAAAUGGCCAGGUGCCGUUAUUGAAGUUUGGUCUCAGCUUGGUGGCAAAUAUAGAAAGUAAGUUACUACACACAUAUAUAAAUAAAUACUAAUAAACUAAUAGAUCUCAUGCCAUCGGAGGCUGCCUGUUCCCCAUAAUCUUGCCACUCCUACCAUCUCCCCACCCAUACUAACUCUCACCUCAAACCCCAUCCCGUGCCACAUUCUCAUCCACUACCUUUGCCUUUUACCUCUUUGAUACUCCACCUUAUCUCGCUAUGUCGUUCCUACUAUAGAGUAAUUUACUCAAUGUGCAUAAUUUAUUGAAAAAUCAGGGCAACAUAAAAUAAAUGGGGAAAAAAAUCAACAUGCAAAUACCAUUUGAAGCAUAAUAUAAACUAUGAUUAAUAAACUGAAAGUAAUUUAACUUCAGAGAAUUAAAUAGAAAUACAUUUUAUGGCAAUCACAAAUUAAUUGUGCCAAACACUUCACAAAAAAAAAAAAAAUGUACAUGAGACAAUUAAAUUGAAAGGCAAUAUAUAGAAUAUGGCAAACCAAUUAUGCAGAAUAUUUUAAAUACAUAAUUAUAGGAAAUGAUAUAAUUCUGUUAUAAAAUUAAAUGAUAUAUUUAUCUGUCUUUAAUAUGUUGGGUUCAAUAUUUUACAUAUAUCAUAAUAUUUAAGAAUACAUUUCGGGAAGAUGCACUUAAGAGCAUUAUGAUAACUAAAUAGACACUCAGAAAUGAUGCAUUUAACAUGUUAAAAUAUCUGAGGUAGUUUUUAAGAAACAAUUAGUGCAGAUAUAGAUGGGAUUUAUAUUUUAUUAUUUAAUGUGCUGUUUUAUACAUAAAUAAAAUCUCUUAAAGUUUAAAGAUGCAAAUAAUUAAUCUAUAUCAAGACAUUUACAAAUCAUUUGAAUGAUCAUGUUUAUAAAUUUAAAUGUUAAGUUGCUUUAAAUUAUUAUAUUUAAUCUUUUCUCUAUUUUAUCAGUUGUUAUUCCCUUUGGAAAACUUUCAGGAGUUAUAAAUGACACAGGCUAUUGAUAACCUAAUUUGGGAUUUCACAUUAAAUGAAAGUAUGUUUAAACAAUAAAUCUAUUCAUGUUAUGUCUUUCAGAGAACUGAUUCACCUAAUCAAUCACAUGGGAGAGAUGUUUCAUGCUGUUAAAAAAGAGCUCAUCAUUGUAAUUCCACCUCCUCUCUAUGGCCGGUAACACUCAGGAACUACUACAAUUUGUUAAUAGCCCGUACUUAUUUCUCUAUAUUAAGAGCACAUUGUUUUAAUAAGCAAACUUUCCCAAGGUUGAGCCUUAUACAUCCCCAAGGUGACAUUCUUAGGUGGUUAUAUAUAUAAAGGCUGAGACUAUUUGCACCCAGGUAUUAGAAGUGAGAGGUUGGGAUUAAAAAAACUAUUUAAAAUAUUAUUGUUGGGUUUGUAAGACAAAAUGAGGUAUCAAAUGAAUGAUAAUUGAAUGGACUGUUGUUUGUAAACUUACUUCUUCAGUUUAACUAAAAUAAAUGGAUAGCCGUUUAGACUAAAUCCUAUUUGGAUGUCAUUUGUGGUAGUUUGUGGUAUAUAUAUAUAUAUAAACAUUUCUUUCAUUAAAACCAUUGAAGGAAACAAUUGUGUUUUAAUUAUAUCCUAGUAAAUUGGUCCUUACAUUUUAGUGACAUCUGAUUCUUAAAACGUAUGAUGUAUUAACUUAAUUUAAAUUUAAGAUCUUUUGCCUUGAUGCCCCAAAAAUGCUACUGAAAUGUUGCAGAGAUGUUGAGGGUCUGAUAAGCAAAGAGGAUGUUGAUGCCAUGGCUAAAAAUGUGGAUAAAUUUAGUCUGAUGACCUAUGACUUUUCUGGUCCCAACAGGUAAAAUAAUUCUGACUCAAUUCUAUUUUAUUUAGUUCAAUUGUGCACAAAAAAAAACCCCACCAAAGCCAACACAGAUAGAUUUUUAAAAUAGUAGAUUAUAGUAUAAAAAAAUGUGUGAAAGUUAUUUAUUCAAAUUAAGGUUUGAAAAUUAGGCCAUUUAAAUUAGUAUUCUUAAUUUAAUGACAUUCAUGUUUUUAUUUUUUGUACACAUUUUCAUAUUAAAACUUUCAAUAACAUUAAUUAUUUUUAAAUCGCAUAAAUGCCAUGAAAUAAAUACUGUUAUUUUAAGAAAAUAAAAACAUAUCUAAUUUGCAUGAACAGACCAGGUCCAAACAGCCCAUUACAGUGGGUUAAGGACUGUAUCUUUAAACUGGCCCCUGAAUCAGAUUCUCCUAUCAGAAAAAAGCUGCUAGUUGGACUGAAUUUUUAUGGUUUACGUUACAUAGCUAAUGAAGAAGGAACAUUAAUGAAUGGAGAGCAUGUUAUUGGAUCUCAGUAAGUAUAUCAUUGGCAAAAACAUUGUAUGGACAGGAGUCUUUAUAUUAUUUAAAGUGUUUGUUUAAUAACUUUAAUAACUUUAAUCAGUCAGAAAUGUAUUAUACAUUUUAUUAAUAUGGCUAAGCCAGUAAUGAUAUAUCAUUCAGAAAUGAGUGCUACAUUGGAGUCAUAUUCCUCUUAUUAUCUCUUAGAUUUUCCACACCCUCAUGAAUAAAAGAAUUUUGAUGCUGAUCAAUGUUAAAGAAAGAAGGCCUAUCCUUGCAAGAUUUUCAUUUGCUAUUAGAUUGAUGAAUUAUUUUUUUUAUUUAUACAGAUUUGCUGAGUAUUUGAAGAAGUCCAAGUCAUCUCGCGUGCUCUGGAACAGCCAGACAGCGGAACAUAGCUUUGAGUACACGUAAGCUUCAUUCAUUAACUUUAAAAUUAUAAAUUAUCCAGGCUUUAAAACAUUUGUCUAGAAAAGUCAUCAAAAUAUUUUUUUUAAAAAGUCAUUUUUUAUAUACAGUUUCAAAGAAUUGAAAUCAUGCAUUGACAAUUUUAAUUUGUGAUCUUGGGAAUGUUUAAUGUGAGGUGAUUUUUUAGCCAUAUAAAGAUUUGACCAACUUUUCAACUGUGUUUACAGAGAUUCAAAAGGUAAAUUUAGCAUGGUGUACCCUUCACUGAAAUCCAUACAAGACCGUCUUAACUUGGCAAGGGAAAUGGGUACUGGGAUCUCAAUCUGGGAGGUUGGUCAAGGUUUAGACUACUUCUACGACUUGCUUUGAUAUUUCUAUUAUUAGAUAUUGAGUUAUGGUUUUAAAUAUACCUUUUUAUGUUGAUCAAUGUCAAGAAUUGUAUAAUUAUGUCUUGAGGAAAAAGUCAACCUUUUAUGGUCAUAGAAUUUUGAUUUAAUUUCUAAGCUAUCAUUGAUUAAUUGUUAAUCCACAUUAACUUUAAAAAAAUAUGUUCAAGUUUUCUGUUGCUAGUCUUAUAAAAAGGUAUGUGAAUUUUGAAUUAGUAAGCUUAUUCAAGAAUUCUUUGCCAAGCAUACAUGCCAACCUGUGGUAGUCAACCCAGUACAGGAGAGAGAUCGAUAUUGUCUAAGUCUGACUUUCUUUUUGAAGUUGGGUUCAGCAAUCUUUGAUUGAACGCUUCCAACUGUGUAGAAUAACAAACAUUAAAGAAUAUAGAAAAUCAUCUCAGAUAUCCAUCCUCUAAAUCAUAUAGUGUUUUUAGUGGGGUUGCCUACUCAAAAUCCAUUAAUGUUACACUGAAAUCUUUUUAUUUUUAAAUGUGAUUUUGUUUACCCUAUUAAGAGGCCCUAUUUUAAUUGGAUCAGUGCUGUGGGUCACUUUGCUUCUAUAUAAUGUGAUCAUUGCUCAAAAAAUUUUGUUUGAAAAUGCACUCCUUUUAAUUAAUUUGGAGCAAAUAAUGUAAAUUUAAAAAAAAAAAGUGCUCUUAAUGAUAAAACUUAUUUUAAAUUGUAUGAUGCUGUACGCAAUAGACUAACGUAUUAUUAAUAAUAUAACCCUUUUUAAAAAUGUUAUUAGUUAUUAAUUAAAAGAGUACUUGCAUUAUAUUCUUUAUGAUGUACAUUCAUAAUUUUAAUUCCCAUAAAUUGAUCUUAAUAUGAGUUAAAAAUAAGUUUAAACAAUAAUUUGUAAGAUAAACAAUUUAUUAAGUAGGGUCCCAAAAGGUUGAAAAUUCUGCUUUAAAGUUGUUUUUCAAGGACUAUAAAAUUACAAGAUGAUACUGUGUGAGAUAGAAUGUAAAAUUAUUAUGAAAAUAAUUUUAUCAAGAAUAUUAAAUUUAUGACAUGCAUUGACAUAUUUAUUUGUGUAAAUUCUUCCUUUUCAUAGAGAGAGAUGACUUUAAAAACUUGAAGUUGUUUGAGUUGUUGUUCACUAUUGUUGAAUUAUUUAUUUGACUUUAAAUUAAUUUGUUUAAUGUGCAUGAGAAGAUGAGGCUAUUUUUUAUUACCAGCUCAAAAUAAUAUUUAUAUGUGCUGUCAGGUGUUAUAAAAUUUCAUUCCACCCUUGCAGUUGUAUCAUGUUCAAUUUUAUCAUUAAAUUGUUAUUGCAAU